UCCUCUUGAGAUCAGACCUCGUACCUCCUUCGCGAGUGGCGCCUUGGGACCGAGAUUAAACUGGCAAGAAAAGAUAGGAGUCCAGUCUCCACCCGUGAUAUUAGUUCAACAAGAAUUCAAUCCGUUAAAUUCAAUUGAGCAGGUGGAUUAAAUCGCAUUUGUUUUAAAAUCACGUUAAAUACUACAACUGUUGCUUUGGAGGUCAAACGGAGGAUAAGAUGCGACUGAUUGCAUUGGUUGUGUGGACAAUCCUGUGGGCUUCUGUGACCCAGGGUGAGAUGAUCGAAGUGUUUGCUGAACGCGGAUCAACAGCAGUCCUGCCCUGUCUGUCUCAUGCUCCUCUAAAGAAUCCCCUCACCGUCCAAUGGACUAAACGCAAUAACAUGAUGGAGAGCACUGUCUGGAGAAUGGAACGAAGUGGGAUGGAGUUUUGGGGUUCCCCUGGGCCACAGAGGUCUCAAUGCCCACACUCUGGGUUCCAGGAUGGAGAUUUCAGGCUGAUAAUACAGGAAGUGAGAGAGUCGGAUGCAGGAGAGUACAAGUGCACAGCGAGAGGAAGCAGAGGGAUCGUGCAGAAGACCGUAAUUUUGAGAAUCAUCAUAGUCUUGGUCUCUCAGUCUCUCCCACUUGAGGGAUCUACAGUGUCUCUGAACUGCAGCAUUCAGCCCCAGCCACAGAAGGCAACAGUGAGCUGGCUCAACAACGGUACAGUCGUGGGGAACUCCCCAAAGACAGAAGUCACAAAGAAAGGGUGGACAUUAACAGUCAAGCGCUUGACCCUGGCAGACGCAACUGAUUGGUCAUGUGUCGUCCAUACCGCGAGACAGACAGGAAGAGGCACACAGAGACUGACAGUACGAGGAAUCGCUUCUCCAGCCAGUGAUGGUACCAUGUACGGGGCGGUGGGCUCCAGCCUGACUCUGCCCUGCCUGUUCAGUGAAGGCCUCAUCCCACAGCAGAAGGGCUGGGAGAGGGAGACCAGGGGCGCUGUGCCUCAAUCCAUCACCCCCUCCCCCCCUUCCCCCUCCUCCUCGCCCUCCCUGGACGCGUCGCUGCGCCUGUCCGCCGUGGAGGAGAGGGACGGGGGGGUGUACACCUGCUUCGGCCUAGUGGAGGACAGGAGGAUCGAGAGGAGGCUGAGACUGGUCACGGCAAAAGUUGGAGUAACAGCCCCACCCAAAGCUGGACAGCCCUUGACCCUGACCUGCGACCUCAGCGACGCAACGGGAGUGGACCGGUACGAGUGGUUCAGGGUGACCUCUGACGCCAAUGGCACAGAGGUCACGACCCCUCUGGGCACGAGUUCGGAGAAGAGCUUCCGGCUCGCGGGAGGGAGCGGGGAGCUCUCUGGGGAGCUUGUCUGUCAGUUCCACGGGAAAGAAGGAGCGCUGGGAAACGUUAGCUACCACUUCCACACUUUGGGUCGCCUGGAGGCCACCACGAAAGGUGGGUCUUCGAGUCAAGUUGCCAUAAUAACCACCUUCAGUUUCCUGGUCCUGGUGCUAAUCUUAAUUCUGCUCCAGAUGUACAAAAACCACCGGAGACGGAAGAUGAUAUUACCAUACCCAGCCCUAGAGACAGUUAUUCACUCCUCCUCUCGCGCCCAAGAGAGGACAGAGAGGAAGAAAACAACUGAUCCAGAACCAACGACUAACUAGUGCAUCUGCAGAACCCCAUACCAAUGUUCAGACAAAGCCUAGAGCAAGACUGCUUGGCAUUUCAGUUGGCUGAUCUCUGGUCCAGGGUCUUUAGUGGCAAUGAAGCUGAAAACUUUGAUAGAUAUAUAUAUAUAUAUUUUUUUUUACGUGACUUUAUAUAGAAUUCCAAAUAUAUAAACACAGGUUUUUUUUAACUCUAAAUAAUUGUUUUGGGUUUGAAAACCAAAAAAAAAAAACUGUACAUAAAUGUUCAUGUAUUAAUCUAUCAGCUAUUUCAGAAGUAUUAUUAAGUCUGUGUUUCAGUAAGGGUGCCUCAAUGUGUCUCUCUGAGAGAGUCUGUGAGUGUGUGUGGGUGUGUGUCAGGAUAUGACUGCGUUCCGAGUGUCAGCCUGUACAUCAGGUGUGUGUUUGUCAGGGCGUGUGCGCGGACGUCGGUUUGAGUGAGUUAAUUUUCCUAUCCUAGGUCACGUCAUGCAGUAGCAUCCCUGUGUAACUGAAGUUGCAUGGUUCUGAAGGUUUGAAAUGUAUAGAUUCUCGUCUCAGUUUUCUUUGUACAUAAACGUAUGAGUGAGGUGUUACCACAUUCCUUUUAAUUAAAAUAAGU